CACCCCCACCAUCGCCAGUCUCGCGAUUGUUGAUAGCGUUCAUCGUCAGUAACUGCAUCUCGCUCGAGGUCUCAAUGAGCCAAGUCUUGUUCAUCAGAUAUCCUACUCUCACAAUUCGUACUAUGAUUGAAUAACACGCAGUGGAACCUCCUUGAGCUUAUCGCCGUAACAUCGCCAUAGUACAUCAGGAGUAUAUCUCAAGAAUCUACCUGUGGGGUCGCGCCAAGUCUGCUGAGAAGCUUCUGCAGCCAUGCCGACUCUCUCCUUGAUCAACUUCAACAUUGUCUGUGCGACGCUGGGAGGAUUCAUCUCCCUUUUCGGGCUGGUUUCCUACCUCUUCAAGGAACGAUUCUACCUGUCGGAAGCACUAAUCUCGCUACUCGCCGGCGUCGCAUUCUCCCCGCACGCCGCAAACUUCAUCCGACCGCAAGAAUACGCGCUUGGAACAGAUGAGAACCUCGAACAGAUCACUCUCUGUUUCACGCGCUUAGUCCUAGGCGUCCAGCUUGUCCUCGCCGGCGUCCAACUCCCCAAGCGCUACCUGCAGAUCGAAUGGCGGAGCCUCUCCCUCCUUUUGGGACCCGGCAUGGCUGCCAUGUGGAUGUGCAGCGCGUUAGUGAUCUGGGCGCUCGUGCCAAGCUUCUCAUUCCUCCAUGCGCUUAUCGUGGGUGCCUGCGUCACCCCGACUGACCCUGUGCUGUCGAACUCGAUUGUCAAGGGCAAGUUUGCCGAUAAGAAUGUGCCGCGGCCGCUGCAGCGGAUUAUCAUUGCGGAGUCUGGCGCGAAUGAUGGGUUGGGGUAUCCGUUCCUUUUCUUUGCGGUUUAUUUGCUGCAGUAUACGGGGAUGGGUGGGGAGGGGUUUAGUGGGGGUGCCGGCAAGGCUAUGGGGCUUUGGUUUUAUGAGACCUGGGCUUAUACGAUUCUGCUGAGUGUGGGGUAUGGGGUUACUGUUGGCUGGUUAUCUAGGGAGCUGCUGCAUUGGGCGGAGGAGCAUCACUAUGUGGAUCGAGAAAGCUUUCUGGUCUUUGCCAUUGCUCUUGCGCUCUUCAUCGUUGGAACUUGCGGGUUAAUCGGAACAGACGACCUCCUGGCGUGCUUCGUUGCUGGAAAUGUCUUCACUCAAGAUGACUGGUUCCGCCUCGAAACAAUGGACGACUCCCUUCAACCCACAAUCGACAUGCUUCUUAACUUAGCAGUCUUCAUGUGGUUUGGUGCCGUCUGCCCAUGGCACCUGUUCCUAAGCAACGACAUCAUCCCUCUCUACCGCCUCGUUUUCCUCGGAGUUCUCAUCCUCCUCGUCCGCCGCAUCCCCAUCAUUUUCGCGAUGCACAAAUACAUCGACCAAAUUGAGAACCUGUUUCAGACGGCCUUCGUCGGGUUCUUCGGACCUAUCGGCGUCGGCGCGGUCUUCUACCUCUCCGUUUGCCGCGAGUAUCUUCGGAAAAUCACUGUCAACGGCGAGGUCCGUGCAGACGCACAGCGCGUCUCUGACGCAGUUGAGGUCAUUGUUUGGUUCCUCGUUAUCUGUAGCAUUGUCGUCCACGGCCUCUCGAUCCCCUUCGCAAAAGCCGGCUAUCACCUCCCACGAACAAUCUCCGCAGCGAUAAGCACCAGCACCGUAGAGCCGGACCCGAUCCCUCUCGCCAGCAACGCGCACACGCACAGCACAGCCACGCACGAUACAGCCGACUCCGGCGGCGCGAGCCACCGCGCCCGCAAGCGGGAACAGCUGCCGCAGCAGCAGCGGGAUGUCUCGCCGCGGAGGGAGAGGGAGAGACGAGAGCCGCAGCGGACGGUGUUUCAGAUUGGUCGCAGUAUUAUUCCGGCGAGGAGUCCGGGGGAUGCGGAGGGGGGGAUCGGGAUCGGGAGUGAGGGGGAACCGGCGAGGCCGGUGAAUUUGGUUGUUCGGGAUAAGGAUGGGGAGGGGAGUGUCUAGGAGGUUCCCUGGGAGCGAAAGGAGGGUGUGUUGUCGUGCAUUGGAUCGGAGUGACGGGAAGAUACAUUGGAUCAGGCUGGGGUGUGUUAGUAACAGCGUUGGGGACAGAUGUGGAGUAGAGCCUGAGGAGAGCUUAAGGUGAUGUUGUUGGUGAGUAAAGGUGCUCAUCGUGCAAUUUUACCUAUACCGCUACAUCUGACAUGGAACAAACGCCACGUACAAAAUUAGAUAGAGCUAAUGUACAUAGCAUCGAAAACUAUAACCCUACCAACCAUAUCAUAUCAGCCAACUACAGAUCCAUGAUGACCUCGACAUGGACAGCACGUGAUACUAGUUUUCCAAGACCUAAAAUGCGAACCUGUUAGAUCCAUCCCCCUAUACCUC